CGCUGACAGCUCACACACACUUUCCUGUUGUUGUGAACUGAGCUGGACCCGAGGACCCGAACGAUGCCGAAGUACUGUUCGGUCCCGAGCUGCAAGACCGAGUCCUGCACCGGGACCCGGAGCUUCUACAGGUUCCCUCUGCAGGAGCCCGAGCGGCUGCAGCAGUGGCUGAGGAACAUGGGGCGUGAGAACUGGGUUCCCUCCCGACACCAGUACAUCUGCCACCAGCACUUUGCUGCGUCGUGCUUCCGGGUGCGUUGGGGGAUCCGCUACCUGGAGAGCGACGCCGUGCCCACGCUGUUCCACCAGGGCGAGAAAAGAAAAGCUGAUGAUCAGAGUGAGAAGAGGACGAAGCGUGUUCGCCUGCAGGGGGACGAGGACGUCCGGGGGACAGACGAGAGGACGGCGGCGGCUGUGGACGCUGCGGAGGUGGAGAACUCGCUUCACCUGUAUGAGGUCACGGUCGACCCGGCGCCGGGCGGUGACCCCGGACGGGUGGAGUUAAGCGAUGGCGUCACGUCUCUCCACGCUGACCUGAGCACGCUGGCUCUGUUCCAGACAGUCGAGGACAUGAGAGACAACACGGAGGUGGUGGUGGUGGUAGCUGAGGAAGUGAUGUCCACAGAGGAGACCAUCGGCUUCCAAGGAGGACGUGAGGUCAUCGCCGUCUUCCAGAAGAUCCCGAGCGUCCUCCUCCCCAGUGUGACCUCGCCCCCCCGGCUCGUCUUCUCCUCCAACACGGUGCUGUCGUCCGCUCUGAGCUCCAAACCCAUCUCGUCCACUGUCCCCAUCGUGUCCAAACACGCGUCACCUCCCCCCCCCACGUCCCUCGUCCUCACGGUGGAACGAGUGGACCUGGACGAGGGGGACGAUGGGAAGUCGGAGGAGGACGGGACCGAGCAGCAGGACCAGCAGCUGGAGGAGCACUGCUACCACAGGACCAGUCUGAGUAAAGAGCAGCUGGAGGCCGUGGUGUCCGAGCUGCAGAAGAAGGUGAAGGUUCUGCAACAGCGUCACCGCCGGCACCUGGAGAAGCUCCUGAGCCUGGAGAGCACCGUGGGCCAGCUGAGGCAAAGCAACCUGCUGCACCAGGAGCGGCUGCAGCUGCUGGAGCGGGCGUACGAGCAGACCAGCGCCGCGGUGAUGGACGCCGGAGAGACUGUGGCCAUCAUCUUCCAGGAGGACACGGCCUCUCUCUUGUACACACCACUGGACGACGCCCAGGAGGAGCUAUGAAUGUCCACAUCCUGUGUGUGUCUGUGUGUGUCUGUGUGUGUCUGUGUGUGUCUGUGUGUGUCUGUGUGUGUCUGUGUGUGUCUGUGUGUGUCUGUGUGUGUCGGUGUGUGUCUGUGUGUGUCUGUGUGUUGUGUUACAAAACCAAUGACACGGUUGAUGCUGUUGAAAUCAAAGCACUACCUACAGUAACUGCUGUUUUGUAGCUUCCUGGUGUGUGUGUGUCUGUGUGUGUGUGUGGGUGGUGGGUCUGCUGGGAGCUUUUGCACAAUCAUGGAUGAGGAAUAAGGGACAAUGUUGACUGUUGUGUUUUAUA